GCCGUGCCGGAGGCUUGCGGAUCGUGGGCAGCGCCAUGGGCUCGGACAAGCGCGUGAGCAGGACGGAGCGCAGCGGCCGUUACGGCUCCAUCGUGGAGAGGGAGGAUCGCGACGAGCGGGAGUCGCGAAGCCGCCGCAGGGACGACUACAAGCGGUCCAGCGAGGAGCGCCGCGGGGACCGCUACGACGACUAUCGCGACUACGACAGCCGAGACUACGACAGCCGAGACUACGACAGCCGCGAUAGCCGAGACUGCCGCGACUACGACAGCCGCGACUACGACAGCCGCGAUAGCCGGGACUGCAGAGAUUACGAUAGUCGCGACGGCCGCGACUGCAGGGACUACGACAGCCGCGACUGCCGAGACUACGACAGCCGGGACAGCCGCGAUUACGAUUGCCGGGACUACGACAGCCGGGAUUGCCGGGACUACGACAGCCGCGACAGCAGGGACUACGACAGCCGGGACUACGACAGAGACUACGACAGCCGCGACUACGACAGCCCCGAG